GUUGUAAACGAAAAAAAUGGCCAAAUUUGUACUAGCAGGCCGGGCAGAUUGCCCAUACUUUGCUAAAGCCGAAAUUCUUGCAGACUUCCUGCAAAUAAACCUGCCCAAUUUUAAAGUCCAUAAAAUCUGCCAGCACCCCAAGGACUGGGAGCGAUGGCUGGAGGUCACGUGUGCGGAGCGCGGCUGGAAGCACGGACGCUCCCCCAUCGUGUGGCGGGAGCUGAUCGACAGAGGGGGCAAGGGCAUGCUUCUGGGGGGCUUCAACAAGUUCCUGGAACAUGCCCAGGGUUACUACGGCCUCACCUCAGACAUGAGAUCAGAGCUGAUGCUGAGGAUCGCUGCAGAGAACCUGCAGACCAAGGAGCUGUGCAUGGAGGAGGAGGAGCACUUCCACAGCCUCGUCCAGCCGCUGCACGUCUGGAUCAGCGGCUCCCUGAAGCCCACCUGCUACAACCUGAUCCCCUUGCUGUUUGAGGCGGGGGUGCUGGGGGACGCCCCCUCCGUCAGCCUCCACCUGCUGGACGUCGGGGGGAGCGAGGAGGCGCUGGAGGGGCUCAGGAUGGAGACGGAGGACUUGGCUCUGCCUCGGCUCCACCAGGUGACCGCCCACACCACGCUGGACCAGGCCUUCCUGCACGCCCACGUCGUCCUCGUUUUGGACGACCCGGAGUCCGCGGGAGAGGGGAAGGGGGAAGGGGAGACGGAGCGGGAGGCUGUGAUAGAGAACAUUGUGGAGCGCUUCACGCGCUACGGUCAGCUCAUCGACGCCAGAGCACACAGGGAUGUGCGGGUCGUCGUGGCGGGACACUCCUUCGUCAACCUCAAGUGUGCCAUACUCCAGGAGAACGCGCCCUCGCUCGAUGGCAGCCGCUUCGUUGCCAUGGCUACGUUACUGGAGAAUGAGGCCAGAGCACAGCUUGCACAGAAGCUAAAUGUGAAAACUGCAGAUGUGACAGAUGUGAUUGUGUGGGGCAACAUCGGUGGGAGCUACCACAUUGACCUGCAGAGAGCCAAGGUGUUCCGAUGCGAAGGGGCCAUUUGGGGACCCCCCAGCUUCGCCCAGCCCAUCCUGGAGAGGAUACAUGAUUGGAAUUGGCUGGAGUCUGAUUUCGUAAACUUGGUUGCUUCACGAUAUGAUACUGUGGUGACCAAGACCCAGAGGGCUGCAGCCCUGUCAGUAGCUAACGGGAUCGCUACUGUUCUGAGGGCGUGGCACUGUGGCUCCACCCCUGGGGAGGUGUUCUCAUUGGGCAUACUCAGUACAGGGCAGUUUGGCCUCCCCGCGGGUCUGGCCUUCUCCAUGCCAGUGAGCUUUAAGGACGGGAGCUGGGCAGUGCUAGAGGACAUUUCCAUGAGUGAGGAACUGCAGAACAAACUGCAGGCAGCUGCCAAUCAGCUCAAAGUGGAAGACAACACUAAUGACACGCUCAAUAGCACAGCAGGAGUUGUGUUUGCAUAG